AUGGAUCAUGGCGGACGGGUCUGCGCCCCGACAAGCACUCGGCACGAGGGGGUGGCAGUGAAGACGAUCUCGUCCAAUAAGGUUCAGCUCGAUGGAGGGGCGGCGGAGCAGGACGGAGCGUAUGUGGGAGACUUGAUGAUGAUGGGAGGGGAGUCGAGGAGAAUCAUCUCCUACAGCUCAGAGCGGGUCGUCGUUGUCGACCCUCCCUUCUCCUCCUCGGAGGCGGGCGGGCAGUCCUACGUCAUCGUCCGCGUCUGCGAGGUAGGAGCGCUCUCGCACCGCGUCGGCCACUCGUUCGCUGCUUUCGGAAUGAACGUGGCAGGAGUUUCUUCAGCUUCCCUUCAGUUCGUCAUUCCAGCCCCCGUCAACUCCCUGCUGCCUGUCCGCACGCAGAACAACAAGGUGGAGGUCUCCUGGAGCAAGUCCGACAUGUCCAACUUCUUCUCUGUCUCCGUCGCGAACCUCUCCAGCGCCAAUGCGUCCAACCCGUCGGCAUAUCAUCUGGUCUCGGUCGUUGGACCUGGCGGCUCCUCCUACACUCUCGACACGUCCAGCAUCCCGUGGCUCUUGAACGGCAGAUACUUCACCGUUGCUGUAUUUGCAGCUGUUGACAGAGCUGGACCUUUCGAGAAAAUUGGCAAGCAUCUGCACAUCUUUACAGCUGCUGGUGUUCCCUUGGCACAUUCCAUCGCAACCUUGCGGGUCAUGAGCAAGACAGAAACUUCCUUUCAGCUUCGAUUCGAUUUCAACCUCUCCCAGCUCAACAGCGAUCGUCCUCCCAUGCAUAUAUGUGUCGAGGUCUGUCAAGUCUCUUCGCUCAACGCCUCGUGCCGGCUCUAUCCCAACGGCUCUUUCCCAGCUGAUCUCCAACAGGCGAAGAAGUUUUAUCCGCAAUCCGGAGAGAGCUGGGGAGAGGCUGAGAUCUUGAGUCAGGAGGGGUUCGUUCUCAGUCAGCAGGAGGGGUAUCGCAUCCAAGCAUACGCUGGGAACUUGUACGAUGACAACGGAGACGGUCUUGUGCUGGGGGAGGAAGGCUUCACCUUGCAGCCUGUGCAAGCGAGCGAGGUGCUGAUCCUCGGGCCGCUGCCUCCUCCUGUCUCAGACCUGAAGGUCAAGGGGACGGGAAACUCGUUGGUAAAGCUAGCAUGGAGCAGGACAGGGGCUGGCGGCAGCCUCUCUUCCUCCUACCUCGUUGAAGUUUCCGACGUCAGCGUCUCCUCCUCGUCCUCCUGGCAGCCUGCGCGACUCGUAGCCGCGCGAGUGACUGGCUUGAUGCUGGACGCGACGCACGCUCGCUUCCUCUCUCCCGUCUCCUCGCAUGUCGGGCGAUCCUUCACAUCUGCUCCCUACCUCGGCAGAUCCCUGACUGGCACUCUGCUCCAGUGCUCCUCCUCCUCCUCGCCGGGACAGGAGGACUGUCGGGUCAGCAUCAGCUCCAACGUGAGCUUCGGGCUGGGGCAGGAGGAGGAGUUCGCCGUCCUGUUGAGCGAGGAGGAAGGUCACGGUUGGGGCCUGGAAGGCGAGAAGACGUACGCGUUCAGAGUGAGGGCAGGCAACCUCAACGUGCUGUCGUUCGAGCAGGAGGGCAGCAACCUGGUGUCCUGCUUCACUGUCCUCCGCCCUCCUCCGGUCUCCUCGCUCGCCCUUGACUACCUCCUCGGCGAAGACGGGGCGAAGCUGAGCUGGAACGCGGGGGGAGGAGGGAGGAUGUGCGAGAGGGUCGAGUUCGAGGUGGACCUUUCCUCCAACGCCUCCUCCUACAGCGACCGGCAUCGCGUCGCUCUUCUGGUCUCCUCCCUCCUUCCUUCGACCUACUCCGUCAACGUCUCGGGCCUGUCGCUCGGCCUCUCCUACAGGAUCUCCAUCUGCUCGCGGUGUCAGCUCCAGUCCUCCGGCCUCUCUCCUCCCUUCAUCGACGGCGACUCCCUGGCGUGCAGCAGGAGCAAUGAGGUUCUUGUCACCAUGACGGCGAAGCCUUCGGGUCCCAUCCUAGGGGUCGCCAUCGUUGCCUUCACCUCUACCGCCAUCAGGAUCGGCUGGCAGCCCAAGGAGCACGUCGACCGCUACAAGGUGCGCGUGCUCGUCUACAACGAAAGCGUCCUCCUCCAAAGCUUCCUCUACCAGUUCCCUCCUCCCCUUCUGGCCCGCUUCCUCCCGGACCUUGAGCCCAAGUUGGAGGACGCGGUCUUCCAGGAGCCGGAGGCAGUGUUGUUCCUGGAUCCGCAGGGGUGGGGGAGGUACCUGGAAGGAGCAGGAGCUUGGUUCAGCUUCCAGGUGCUGGGAGGGAGCGCGCAUGACGGGGGGGAGUACUCGGUGAUGUCAGAGGAGACGCCUUUGUACUCCCUCGCCCUCCAGCCCGAGCUCAACUAUUCCCUCCUCCUCAAGACCAGGACGAGCGCUACCGUCUCGUGGAGCUACCGGGAGGCAGGAGGGCUCUUGGACCCGCAGAAUCACUCGCAGACGCUCUUCUCCUUCUCCUCCCUCCUGCUCCAGGCCGGCAGCUCGUGGCAGCCGGCAGCAGCGGACAGGAGGAAGAGCAUCGCGACGGCAGACAGAGGGACGUGGAGGAGCGACCAGGUCGUGUUGGAGCAGCUGACAGACAGCGGGCAGCUCGACCUCCAGGUAUCCGCCAGCACCAUCGCCAGCUCCCUCCCGAUCUCAGUCCUCGGCAUCUUCUCCGUCGCUCAGUGCCCAGCCAAGGUGAACGUCACCUCGUCUCUCUGCCUCUCCUCCUCCGCCAGCGCUGUCCAUGGAGCCUACGCAGGCCUCUCCCUCCUCGUCGUCCGGGGCGAUGCCAUGGGCUUCUACGACCCCUUCGUUCUCUCCUACGACGGGCAGGAGCGUCGGCUGCUGCUCAGUCGAUCUCCGCUCUCCUCCUCUUCCUCCUCCAACUGGGUCGCCAUCAUCUCCAUCGGGUCUCUGCCCUCCUCCUCCCUGCAGACCGUCGUCAGCGUGUCGGGAGCUGUCCUUCAUCUCAGCAGCGUCUCCUCGCUGACAGCUGGGCUCUUCCUCCGGCUGGCGUCCGGGAAGGGGCGAGGAGAGGUCAGGAAAGUCACCUCAGUCAGCCAGGCAGCCUCCUCCGUGACCCUCUCCUCGAGCUUCGACGUCUCUCCCGAGCUGGGCGACAGGUUUGAGGUCCUCAACUACUCGACCAGGGCUGCUCUCCUCCUCAACGUUCAGCUCCAUGGCCCCCCCCUAGCCCCCGUCCGCCUCUCCUCCUCCAAGAUCUUCUCAGCCUCCAUCCUCCUGCAGUGGACCGAGCUCGGGCAGUGCCAGACCAAGACAGGGUCGGUCAGCUGCAACAUCACUUCUGCGCUGUUGCAGGCGCGAGAGACUCACUCCUCGCGCGACUUCUACGUCAACGCUCCCUGGCCGAGCAUUGAGAAGAACGUCUCCAUAUCUGUACCCGGGCAAGCGCUCUUCACUGGCCUCGAUCCGCUCAGCUCCUACGAGGUGCGGGUCGCCACCCGAGCAGCAGGAGUGCUGGAGCUCGGCGCAGUCUCGCAGCCGUUCGCCUUCAAGCUCACUGACAUCCCUCCUGAUGAGAGGGCGACCAUCGGAGACUUGACGGACUCCUCCUCCUCCUCUUCAGUCACCCUGUCCUGGACUAUCCCAGGGACCUUGAACCCGCUCGCCCCCCCUUACGUAUCCAAGUUCAAGAUCGCAGUCGGGCAGGACGCCGCGAGCCUCCUGGAGUACCGAGACAGCACAGGAGCCGUCCUCCUCCUCGACCGCAUUGACGUCUGCGUCUAUCCCAUCGAGCUUGCCCGGCACUCCUACACCUCCAACGCUGCCGGCAUCGAGUGCCGCGUGACUCUCACCGGCCUCCCUCCCGCCACCAUCCUCCUCUUCAAGAUCUUCUGCGGCAACGACUUCGGCUUCGAGCAGCAGGGAGCAACGUCCAGUCUCAACCGCUCCAACUCCUCCGCCCUCCUCUCCUGGUCGCGACCCCUCGGCUGGCCGCAGGUGACCCGCUACUACGUCUCCUACAGUCAGGACAACUCCAGCUGGACUCCAGCUCCCGGCGCGGCUGGCGCGCGCGACAUCAUCGUGACGGAAAAUUCGACGGUGCAGCAUCGGAUCUCGGAGCUGAGGAGGAGGACGAGCUACUACUUCAGGGUCCACGUGGGAGGGCAGGACGGAGUCGACGGGUUCUAUCCCGACACUGUCCUCGACCCCACCACCAGCAACGUCGUCAGCGUCCUCAUCGCCGACGUUCCCUCGCGGCCCGUCAUCGGCGUUGCUCUCCCCUCCCCACCAGACAGGAACUCCGUCCUCCAGCUCUCUUGGAGCAGCCCCAUCAUUGACUCCCCCGUCUCCAGCUACCUCGUCCGCGUCUGGGACUGCGGCAGCGGCACCUCUCCGGCCUGCUCCUCGACCCCAGCUCUCUUCCUCUCCCCUGCCCAGCAGGUCGCCACCUUCCUGAGCUCCCCUGCCCAGCUGACGGGGCUCAAGAGGGGAACCUGGUACCAGCUGCAGGUAGCGGCACAGAACCUGGCGGGUCAGGGAGCAUGGAGCGACAACAGCAGCCUCGUCCGCACUCUCAGCCUCCCCAGCGCCGUCAGUCAUCUCAACGUCUCCCAGCUGAAUCCGAACUCUGUCGUUCUCAGCUGGUCUCCGUCCCCCGGCGCCUCCUCCUACAAGCUCGUGUGGAGCGCAACGCAGCCUCUGAACCCCUCCUUCGUCCUCCUCACUGGCGACAAGACUCAGUACCAGCACAACUUUGUCUUCGUCAACCCCCUCCAAGUCACCUAUACCAUCUUUGCUGGGGAUGCGACAGCCUUCGAGGAUCAGGGGAGAACAGUAAUUCUUCCCUCCGCUGCUCAGAACUUUCAGAUCACGGCGGGCACGCAAAACUCCAUUACCUUCUCCUGGACGCCCAACCCUGCCGCCAACGUCUUCCAGAUUCGCUUCUCGCGCUCCCCCACCUUCGACAACUCUCGUCCUGCUGCCCCGGAGACUUCGCUGACCCACCAGACGGUAGCUGGGCUUCUGCCCGACAAGCUCUACUUCUUCAAGGUCUUCUCCCGCACCUCCGGCGCCACCCCCUACGAGCUUUUUGGCAGCGACCUUCUCAACGCCACAGCCUCCGACCUUCCGCUCCCUCUCGUCAGCGCCGCCGUCACCGCCACCUCCUCCAGCCAGGUCUCUCUUCGAUGGUCUCCUUCCCCCCUCGGGCCCCGGCCCACCAAGUUUCGCGUCCUCUGGGCAUCGCAGCCGCUGCCCUGCAAUGGCAGCCUGACGGCAAGUCAGUUCGGCAACCCACUGGAGACGGAGAGGGAGGAGGCGACGAUCACGGGCCUCCAGCUCGAGCAAGCCAUCGCCAUCGUCGUGUACGCGGGGAAUCUCAAGGGGUUCGAGCAGGUCGGCAGCAGCCUCCUCGCCUGCGUCUCCCCCGUCGCUCCUGUCACGCAGGCGCUGGUGCGAGGGACCUCAGCAGGCUCCCAGCUGGGGGUGACGCUGAACUGGCGGCCGCCAGCAGAGGGGAUGCAGCCAACGUCGUACAGGAUCUCAGCGAGCAACAGGAUGGGCGUCAAGUACUUCGACUCCUCUGACGUCCUUCACAACGGAGCCAGACACUCGCUGCAGUCCGCCUUCGUCCCCCUCCUCCAGCCGUACUUCCUCCUCCUCUUCUCCAUCCACUCCAGAGCUACCUCGGGCUUCUACGAGCCGGCAGGAGGCAUCACAGCUUCAGAUGACGCCCUGCUGAGUGCGGCAGCCCCGACUCCCUCCUCCUGGCGCGUCUCCCGCGUCUCCUGGAACAGCGUCACGUUCGCGGCUCGGGUGCACCCACAAGGUGCAAACUCCUCCUGCUUCUCAGCUCGGCUCUACUACCAGAUCCCCAGCCUGAUGCUCAACGGGGAGCUCAACGACUUCCAGCUGGGCUGCAACCAGACGAGCAGCUGGGAGGAGGAGGUAACGGCAGUAGGACUGAGCAACAACCUCCUCUACCUCUUCGACCUCCGCGUGCUGGUGGGAGAUGCGGUCUUCUCCCCAGCCAUCCUCCUCCCCACCCUCCAGGCCAGCGCCCUGGACGUUCCCACGAGCAUUUCAGUCCUCGGAGUCACCAGCUCAUCCGUGCUGCUCGCAUGGCGGCCUGGAGUUCGCGGGGCUCGUGUGCUGGAGUACGUGCUGGAGUACUACGCGAUGAACGCCUCCUCCUCUUCCAUUGACGAGACUCUCGUCACCAACAGGAUCGUCGCUGCUCAUGUCGGAGGACCAGGAGAGCCCCAGCAGCUCAACGUCUCCAGCUUGUCUCCAGCUGUCAAGUACGCUUUCUUCCUCCGCGCCCGGUCGCUCUCGGGCUGGGAGGCUCCUCCCUCCGCCAGCGUGAGCGUCACCCCCAUCGCAACUCCGACCGACUUUGCCGUCACCAGUGUCCGGGGAGGAGAGGUCGUCCUCAGCUGGGCUAGUCCCCGCCUGGACCCUUACAGCUCAUCCUCCCUCCCUGCUGCUGCCAUCCCUGCCCUCCUCGUCCUCCUCGUUCGCAACUCGACCGUGGAGCAGCGGGUCGGACCCCUGGCCGUCUCCUCCAGCUCGGUCGUCGUCUCAGGCCUGACCGUCGCCUCCCUUUACGAGUUUGAGCUGCUGUCCCUGACGAGCAGUGGGCUAGAGCUGAGGUCUGACCCGAACCGCCUCCUGCGCGUCGCUCCUCUCCCGAGACCCUCCAACCUCUCCAUCGCGGCCAUGCACGAGAACUCCGUCCUUCUCCUCUGUGACGUCGAUCUUCCAGCUGGCUCUCAGCUCCUCCUCCGAGUCUCCUCCUCCCUUCCUCAGCAGUACAACCAGACCUGCUCCCUUGGACAGGCCCAGGGGUCCCAGCAGGCCUGCCAGCUGACGGGGCUCUCUCCCCAGCUGGUCUACAACAUCACCGUCUCCAGCAUGUUUCUCAGCUCGUUCGACCCCCUCGGCGUCAGCAUCCUCGGCGUCAGCCCAGUCGAGCUGCCUGUCAACGCGUCGACGUGCUACGUCAACGUGACUGAGAUCAGCUUGCGGUGGCUUGCUCCAUCCGGCUCGAUCCUCCCGCUCUUCUAUCGCUUCUCCUAUUCCGUCAACGGGGGCCCGGAGCUUUUCUACCCCCACGACAUUCCGGCAGACGUCAGCGCGAGAGAGCAGCGAGGGAGCAUGUUUGUCAGCGAAACCCUCGGUCGCUAUGCCGUCAGCAUUCACUCAGUCAACCCUCUCACGGGGCUGGUGAGCACCAUCGGGUCUCCUCCGUUGAUCAUCGACAAUACCUUCGGACGAGGAGGAGACAUGCUCUCCUUGCCUCGCCCUUGCAGCGGUAACAUGGAUGAGGUCAGACUCUGGAGCCUCGCACGUGACCCUCUCGUCUUGUCCACCUCCCUCUUCGAUACCGUCGCUGUCAGCAGUGCGAAGGGCUUGAUCGGAUACUGGAACUUCAACAACGCGCUGGAGGAUCACGCAUGCAUAGAGAGUUUGACCUACAUAAGAGAUGAGGUGACGGGACAACGAAGUGCCCUCCUCCACGGGGCCAAGCUCUCCUCCUCCACCAUCCCUAUCGACAGAGACCCCAGCGUCAACGUCGCACUCACGAGCGGAUCUGUCGGGCAGCAGGCAGCGACCUCGCUGUCUCCUCUGCCGUUGGGAGGAGGGGAAGGCAUCGUCGUCUACUUCGGGGGGGAGCUGCGCAUGGCGGCUGCGGCUGCUGAUGAAAACCCGACGGACUUGAUCUUCUUCCUCCUUGAAGUCAACAACAACUUGAGCUCCCUCCCGACGGGCGUUGUCGGUCAGGGACGAGGAGGAGGCAACCAGGUCGAGCUCAACGUCACUUGGCAGCCGCUCCUGCGAGACGCUGGGAAGGUCCUGCCCAUGUGCCUUGUGCUGAGAGGGGAACGGAGGAACCCAUCCUAUCCUUUCUUCCGACAGCAGCUCACAGAGACUCGCCGCUGCUUCACCAUCUUCGUCCCUCCCUGCUCCCUCCAAGUGGGGGCUGGUGAAGGCCUGAGGAGCCUCGGCGCUCGAUUUCACGUUCCAUGGCGAACCUUGUUUGUGCUCAACAACAAGCUGAACUCUACAGGUGGCGUUCAGACGGGUCAAGUUCUCAACUUCGGCAAGACGUUCACAAUCGUUGCCGAUCAAGCGCUAGAGGACGCCAUCAGCGUCAUGGGAACAUCGUGGGACGACUUCAUCAACUGCAACGUCAAGGCCGUCAAUACGCUCCUCAUCAAGAACUCGCUAUCGUGUCCCUCCCUCGACUACCCUCAGACCUGUCAUGCUCUCCCACUCCUCAAGGCCGGCGAGGUCGUCGUCGACGUGCAGUACACGGACGUCGAGAGGCACGCGGGCAAGGCGGAGGUGCAGGCUUGCUUCAUCUCUCGCUUCCACUCCUCCUGCUUGUAG